AUGAACGUGAAUAAGCGUCUGAAAAUACCAGUCAUAAGAUGCGAGCAAUAUCAGGAGUCACAAAAGGAUCCAGAAAAAUUCCCAUUAAUAAAACAGAGUUGUCAUGGCUAUUCGUUGAAUACGCUACCGCCGGAAGUUUUGGAAAUGAUUCUUCGAUUGUUGCCUCUUCACAACGUUGCCACUUCCGUGCGUUUGGUUUCUAGACAUUGCUCAACGGUAGCAGCGGCAGUUUUAAAUAGAGCUUUUCUCACAGCCGGUUCAAGAGUGGAAGGUCUAAUAAAACAUAAUGAGAGUGUCAUGAAAAAUAUGAAAACACACGUUGGAUUACUGACCUGUAGCAAAGCUCUGAAUGCACUGGAGCUUAUCAAGGCACAGUACAAAAUGUUACGAGCUGUGACGUGGAGAUACACGCACCCUCCAACAAAGCAACGGAAAUUUCCAAGACUUUGUUUCUAUGCGGGCAGUUUGCUCGACAAUUUAAAUGAAUUUCUUAGACGAAUUGCAAAUUAUGACUCAUUCACUGAGGACUCAGGUGUCACUUCCUUUGUAACCGUUUGCAAACGGUUCAUGAAUUUUUUUGAAAAAGUCUCUGAACGCAGAGUAAACAGUAGAUCGGCACUGGUAUCCGGAUGCAAAGUCGUAGAUGUUCUGGACUGUCUCGUAGAAGGUCGACAAGUGCAAUUUUUCAAAGUAACAUCUAACAGAAAAGGUGUCGAAGGAACUGUUAGCAUGAAGUUGAAGUACACGAUGAAACGCGCUUGGUUUACUUGUCUAGAAGUUUCCAAAAACAGUGAAGAUAAAACUUGGAGGGACGAACAACGUUUCAUGUACCUUCGUCUACGACGUCUUGUGGCUAGCGUAAAUGAACAUUUCUUCGAAAACUUACAUUACGAGCACGAACUAGUUUUACAGGUGACAUUUAUUCCUUUAAUACUUUCAUUAAGACCUCCACCAGCUUCCACUUAUUCGGGAUACGGAGAGUACGGUGGACGUUUCUUUUACUAUGGAAAUAUGAAUAAAUACGCAUAUGAAAGUAAAUUUAUGCAUCCAACGAGAACGGAAAAUAUAACAAUUGACACUGAACAACAGAUCCAAAGGCCGCCAUCUUUCGAUCUGAUAAUCGAGAUCGAAUUAAAGUGUACGCCAGAAUUGGCGCCACUUUCUGUAAGAUCGAUCUUAAAAUCGGACGAAUUUGAAACUUACGAGACGAAAACGUACAAGAAUCAACAACUCUACUUACGAAUGAACGUUAUAUGUCCAGCGUCAAUAGCUAAUAGACUACCGAGUAAUUUUGUAUGGGAAUUGCAUAGUCCACGACGUAUGCGUUGA